GCGGAGAGGUGAGGGGCGGAAUGGGCCGGCCUCUAGAGUGGGGGCCCGGGAAGAUCGGAGGUGCCGGCGACGAGGUGGUAGUGGUCCUGCCACCUCGCGUGUGGAGGGAAGGAGAGAAGCCAGGAAAUAAAGGGGAAAAAGGGAGCGAUGCAGAUUUCGGGAAGAACCACGGGACCGCCUUAGCCUUGGCUGGGUCACGGAGCUCACCCGGACAAUGUCACUUGGUGGUAGAGGAGGACGGUGAGACGGUGGCUGGGAGUCAGAUUGUAGCCACUUGCCUGCCACUGCCCAGCCGAGUGGCAGCCCAGAGCCCAGGAGCAGCAAGUGGCUGCAGGUCACAGACACAGAGAGGGUAUGAGUGUGGCGGUGAGCACCUCCGCUCCCCUCCCCCCAGCCUCAGACACCAACAUGGUCACAUCCACCUUCUCCCUGGUGGACUAUGUGGUCUUUGUCCUGCUGCUGGUUCUCUCCCUUGCCAUUGGGCUCUACCAUGCCUAUCGUGGCUGGGGGCGACACACCAUCGGCCAGCUGCUGUUGGCGGACCGCAAAAUGGGCUGCUUUCCUGUGGCGCUGUCCUUGCUGGCCACCUUCCAGUCAGCCGUGGCCAUCCUGGGCGUACCGUCCGAGAUCUACCGGUUUGGGACCCAGUAUUGGUUCCUGGGCUGCUCCUAUUUCCUGGGGCUGCUGAUCCCAGCACAUGUCUUCAUCCCAAUCUUCUACCGCCUGCAUCUCACCAGUGCCUACGAGUACCUGGAGCUCCGGUUCAAUAAAGCUGUGCGGGUUUGUGGGACCGUGACCUUCAUCUUUCAGAUGGUAAUCUACAUGGGGGUUGUCCUCUAUGCACCAUCACUGGCCCUCAAUGCAGGUGAGGAGUCACAGCCCCUGACUCCCAGCCACAGCAGGCUGGGAAAAACCUUUGGGAGGGGCAGGUGGAGGAGAGUGUGCAGAAAAGAAUCCAACCUUGACCAAGUGACUGGCUUUGAUCUCUGGCUGUCAGUGCUGACCCUAGGCAUUGUCUGUACCGUCUACACUGCUCUGGGUGGACUGAAGGCAGUCAUCUGGACAGAUGUGUUCCAGACACUGGUUAUGUUCCUAGGGCAGCUGGUGGUUAUCAUUGUGGGGUCGGCCAAGGUGGGCGGUUUGGGGCACGUGUGGGAUGUGGCUUCUCAGCAUGGCCUUAUCUCUGGAAUCGAGCUGGAUCCGGACCCUUUUGUGCGGCACACUUUCUGGACGCUGGCCUUCGGGGGUGUGUUCAUGAUGCUCUCCUUGUAUGGAGUGAACCAGGCUCAGGUGCAGCGCUACCUCAGUUCCCGCACGGAGAAGGCUGCGGUGCUCUCCUGCUACGCUGUCUUCCCUUGCCAGCAGGUGGUCCUCUGCAUGGGCUGCCUUAUUGGCCUGGUCAUGUUCGCCUACUACCAGGAGUAUCCCAUGAGCACCCAGCAGACUCAGGCAGCCCCUGACCAGUUCGCCCUGUACUUUGUGAUGGAUCUCCUGAGAGGCCUGCCGGGCCUGCCUGGGCUCUUUGUCGCCUGCCUCUUCAGUGGCUCCCUAAGCACCAUAUCCUCUGCUUUUAAUUCACUGGCAACUGUUACAGUGGAAGACUUGAUUCGACCCUGGUUCCCUCAUUUCUCUGAAGUCCGGGCCACCAUGCUUUCCAGAAUCAUCGCCUUUGGCUAUGGGCUACUUUGUCUGGGAAUGGCCUAUAUUUCCUCCCAGAUGGGACCUGUGCUGCAGGCAGCGAUCAGCAUCUUUGGUAUGGUUGGGGGCCCGCUGCUCGGACUCUUCUGCCUUGGGAUGUUCUUUCCUUGUGCCAAUCCUCCCGGUGCCAUCGUGGGCCUGUUGGCUGGACUGAUCAUGGCCUUCUGGAUCGGCAUUGGGAGCAUAGUGACCAGCACGGGCUCGGGCAGAGCACCCACUCCCUCUAAUGGGUCCAGCUUUUCCCUGCCCAGCAAUCUGACUGCUGUCACCAUGGCCACACUGACGCCCUCGACUACUAUCUCCAAACCCACAGGGCUACAACGGCUCUACUCCCUGUCGUAUUUAUGGUACAGCGCUCACAACUCCACCACGGUCAUUGUGGUGGGCCUGGCUGUCAGUCUGCUCAGUGGCGGAAUGCGGGGCCGGACCCUGAACCCUCGGACCAUUUACCCGGUGUUGCCGAAACUCGUUGCCCUCCUGCCCGUGUCCUGUCAGAAGCGACUUCACUGCAAAACCCUCAGCCAGGAUCUCUCUGUGGACACCGCUGUGUUUCCAGAGAAGGUGAGCAAUGGGAUGCUGAGGGGCAGCAGAGACAAGGAGGCCAUGGAUGUGCCUGAGGAAGGCCCAGCCCACCAGGGGAUCAGCCCCACCUUCAUCCUUCAGGAGACCUCACUCUGAUCUGGACUCGGGACCCAGCCCCAGAGACCACCCUGUGGCACAGGAAGGAGUUCCUUGGUGAUCCUCAGGGGUGAUCAAGGACUGGAUGACCUCGCCCACACCAAAGGACCUUGUUCUUGGGAGCUUGUGCUGCAGUAGAAGCUGUCAUGUCACGGGAGGUGUGAGAGUAGGACAGGGUUUUUCCUUGUUCCUUGCCAGUCUGUUCUCUAGAGAACCAGGCUUGCAGAGGGUAGGAUUUUGCCAGAGAAAGGGAGAGAGACGAAUCCUCUGGCAAAAGGAUAAUGGCUUCUGAUUCUGCAUCAUCAGGCUCCUUUGAAGUGAAUAGAAAUAGCAGUGCUGGACCCACUUUGUCAAGAUUGACCAUCUCCCCGUAAAACUCAGCUGCCUUGGCCAGCUGUUGCUUCCCUCGCAGUCCCCUCGGAGCACACAUUCUGUCAGCCACAAAGGGCCCCUGUGGCACUACUUUCAGGUUGUCUGUGAUACCCAGGCCCCUCUCAUUAUCUGUCUACCUCCAUUCUUGAGAGGGAGGUUUUGGUGUCCCUGAGAGGCGUCUCGGAGCAUACAGGUAUAUUCAUCUCUCUCGCGUAGAGUAGGGAAGCUUUCCACCUCACUGCCCCACCCUCCACCUCUGUAAUGGGUACUUGGGGACGGGGAAAAUGUUAAUUUAAGAAACUAAAUUCCAUGACCAGGUCCACUGUGGAGCGUGCCAUCCGUCUGACUCCUGAGCCACGCCACCCUAGUGGCAUUUGGUCAUUCAUGCUGUUUCCUUUUGGAGUUUCUUCCCCACAUAUCUUUGUUCCUAGGGAAUAAAAACUGCUAUUGGGCUAGAA